CUGGUGAGGAAUCGGUUGGACGGAGCUCACAUGAGGAGGACUUGGCUCCGUUGGUCUUAAAUGGGGAAACCCGGACAGGUGGGGGUAGAACCUCAUCUCGAGGGGAGGACCAGUGGGUCCACUCUGACAACUGGGUUAUGUCCUCCGCUUGGGACAUGCAGCCGGACGGCUCAGAAAGAGGACGCCUCACUGCAGGCUUUAUGGACUCUGAGCCAUUAAAAGAGGCUGAUGAAGAUUUGGUGUCAGAAGUCAGCCUAAACAACUCCGUCAUGACGGAGGAAGAGAGAGACGAGAUCCAACAGGAGCUAGCCAAACUUGAAGAGGAGAUCAGCACCUUGAAACAGGUUUUAUCGUCCAAAGAGAAGCAGCACGCAGAGCUGAAACAGAAGCUGGGCAUCACUCCGUUUAGCGAGCUCAAAACAAACUUCAGUAGAGGCUGGCAGGACAUGCAGAGCUUCAUGGCAUACAAGAAGACAUCAGAGACGUUCUCCACAGCCGGACAGAAAACUUCAGCUGCCUUCAGUAACCUCGGCAGCGCCAUCACCAGGAAGAUCGGUGACAUGAGUGUGGCUGGUCUAGAGUUACUGUUUCCACGCAGGUCCAACUCUAUAGGUUACUCUGUCAGACACUCGAUGAGCAUGCCAACCAUGAGAAACUCUCCCAGCUUCAAAUCUUUUGAGGAAAAAGUUGAAAAUACAGUUUCCACUAUCAAGACUAAAGUCGGUGGUCCAGGGACCGGUGGCAGCUUCGAGGACGUCCUCUCGUCUGCAGCCAACGCAAGCUCCCAGGACACGCCCACUAACAACCUGACGGACAGCCCCGAGGGCCAGUGUUAGAGCCACACUGAGGCGGGACUUUAAAGCAAGAAACUCACAACACUUUGUUGUUUCUGCUGAAAUUUCUGACCGAAGUUGCACACCAUGUUUUUUAACCCGCGUGCAGACAAUCUCGUUAAAAUUUCCCUCGCUCCUUUCAUGAAUGUUCCCGUGAUCCGGUUUGAUUCAGCUUGGUGAGCUUUUAUUUUGGAAAGCUCAACAGAUCGCGAGCUUUAAUGAAUCUCACAGGAGACCUGAUAAAUAAAACAAGUUGUUGGUGGAUUUGAAAGCAAAGACAAAAGCUCCCAUCUUCGUUACACCAGUUAUUCUGACAAACCGAUUUUCUGCCUGUACUUCCACGGGUUUAAAUGUAUCAAUUUGUGACGAUUUUCCUCAUAUCUCGCGAGAAAAAAACUCAUUACAGCUGAAGAAUUCUUAAAUCUCAGAGGUUAUUUAUUCCUCUUCCUAUUUAUUUUAGAUACAGCUGUGUUGAAGGGCUUUAAAACUAAUUUUUYACACAAAAACACAAACAUUCCAGGAAAUGUGUGACUUUUAAAAAACAAAACGCUUGAAGAAGCUUUUAACCACUACCAAUUGUUGCACAACACAGGAGAUAAUGUUACUUUUUAAAAAAAGUUGCUGUUUUGGCCCAAUAUCUGGCAUUAUUCAGUUUAUCGUGUUUAUUUUAACAGAUUUCCUGCAGCUGAGACCGUUAGGAUUGUUUAAAGCAUCUUUAACUUCGCGUGUGAAUGAGCUGCUCUACAGAAAACAUGAAAAAGUUUAUAUAUUUUCUGAUUCUUAGUUGCAAAAUGGCAACUAGAAUCAUCUUUUCAAAGAAAUACGAUUUAACAUCUCAGUUUGUCAUUUAAAAUAAUCUCCUUGCUUUGCCAUCGCAGUCAUAUCUGUUCUGUAACCAGUAUUUUUAUUUUCUUUUUCUGCACUACAGUUAUUUAUCAAGAUUCAAGCACUAAAAUAAAAAUCUUAAACACCUAAAAACACUGAGGCAACAUGUUCUGAUUAUAUCAUGUUUAGAUGAAUUAAAGAAAAAGAAGUACAUCUAUAUGAUAUUUUUAGGACUGGUGUGUAAAUAUUAACCAAACUUGAUGCACUCGUUUUAUACAAGAUAGACUGAAAUAUAAUCCUAAAUGUUCUGGAGCGUUAUUCUGAGCACGAUGAUGAUUUUGAACAGAAAAGCCUGGAAUUUGUGCUACUUUCCCUGCGCUAGUGAAGCUAUUUUCAAAACUAGCUGGGAAAUCCUGGUAUGUAUGGUUUAAGGUUUUCUUUUUCAAAUAAAUAAAUAAAUGGAUUCAAACCCAUUUUAUCAACACGAAGCCUAAAAAGUCAAGAAUUUUGGAAAAUGUGCUUCGUUUAGUUUUUGUAUCCCUGCUUUUGAUGUGAUGAGAUGUCGUGUCCGAGUUUGAUUCUGCAGCAGGAUCAGAAAAUAACUUGUUAAAGGAAAUUAGUACGGCACUGCAACGUUUUCCCUCCUUUUUAUAUGAUUAUUUCUGUGACGUCAAAUCUACCAGGUAAUAAAGAUCUAUUACCAAAAAUGUAUUUCAUGUGCAAUAAAGCUUGAUGUGUAAAAA